UCUCGUUAAAGAUCAGCGCAUAGAGCUACAGCGAUUUAUUCACAUCAGUUCUUCUGAUUGUUACUGACAAUGAGCGGCAGAGGAAAAACCGGCGGCAAAGCGAGAGCGAAGGCCAAGACUCGGUCGUCCAGGGCAGGGCUGCAGUUCCCCGUCGGUCGCGUUCACAGGCUUCUCCGCAAAGGUAACUACGCAGUGCGCGUCGGUGCAGGUGCUCCCGUCUAUCUGGCGGCUGUGCUCGAGUAUCUCACCGCUGAGAUCCUGGAGCUGGCUGGAAACGCCGCGAGGGACAACAAGAAGACCCGCAUCAUCCCCCGUCACCUGCAGCUGGCGGUGCGCAACGACGAGGAGCUGAACAAACUCCUGGGCGGAGUGACCAUCGCUCAGGGCGGCGUGCUGCCCAACAUCCAGGCCGUGCUGCUGCCAAGAAGACCGAGAAACCCGCCAAAGCCAAGUAAACGAGUCCGAGGCAAAGGCGGGAAAGGACUCGGGAAAGGAGGCGCUAAGCGUCACCGGAAAGUGCUGCGCGAUAACAUCCAGGGAAUCACCAAACCCGCCAUUCGUGCGUCUGGCGCGCGGCGCGUCAAGCGCAUCUCCGGUCUGAUCUACGAGGAGACCCGCGGGGUGUUGAAGGUGUUCCUGGAGAACGUUAUCCGCGACGCCGUCACCUACACCGAGCACGCCAAGAGAAAGACCGUCACCGCCAUGGACGUCGUGUACGCGCUCAAACGACAGGGACGCACCUUGUACGGCUUCGGAGGAUAA